AACUAAUUAGCGAUAGGUUCGAGAGUAGGAAUCUUAUUAGCUCCUUGUAGUGCUUGUUCGUUUUGACCUUUGUAGGGUGGUUAGAAAACGAAGUUGAAAAGAUUUAUUUCUGCAGUAAGGAAGAACGUGCGAAUUAAAUUUCAGUUAAAAGUUGUAGGUUAAGUCUAACUAAUCGGAAAAAUGCUUUCACGCCUUGCCCUUCGAGGAAACCACCUGCAGCAUGCCAUUCCAACAUUGAGCGUCAGUCAGUUUAGGCUUAGCUCCAGUAGUCAGCCUACUUCACCUAAGGGACAGCAACCUGCUACUGUUACAGCAGAGGAAAGAGAUUUAGUAAACUUUCCACGCCCUCUAAGACCAAUGUAUAGUGGAAAGGUUCGACUGGGUUUUAUCCCUGAAGAAUGGUUUCAGUUCUUCUACAAGAAAACUGGUGUAACUGGUCCCUACUUGUUUGGCUCAGGUCUGAUAACAUACUUGUGUUCUAAAGAAAUAUUCAUUCUGGAGCAUGAGUUCUACACUGGGCUUUGUAUAGCAAUAAUGGUGAUUUUUGCAGCAAAGAAGUUUGGGCCAGGUGUUUCUAAGUAUCUUGACAAGGAAAUUGCUGAAUAUGAAGGAAUGUGGAAUGAUUACAAAGAUUCAUCAGUGAAAUCUAUAGAGGAUGCUAUUGCUGAAGAAAAGAAAGAACAAUGGAGAUUGGAAGGACAGAAAAUGUUGUUUGAUGCCAAGAGAGAAAAUGUGCAACUGCAAUUGGAAAGUGAAUACAGACAUCGACUGAUGCAAGUGUAUGAGGAAGUGAAGAAACGAAUGGACUAUCAAGUUCAAUUGGUGAAUACACGUCGAAUGUUAGAACAGAAGCACAUGGUCAACUGGAUUGUGGACAGUGUUAUCAAAGGUAUCUCACCCCAGCAGGAGAAAGAAGCCCUACAAAAAUGUAUGUCUGACCUCAAGUCAUUGGCAGCCAGUGUUCACUGAGCUUGGUAUACCAUAAAAACAAUAUGAUUGAUUAUUAGAUUAUAAUGCUGUGGCACUAUUUACUAGAAAAACUGGUUAAUUUGUAAAUACCAUGUAGUAAUUUACUAUUUUCUAGGAAGGUAUUAAAAGGAAAUUGAAAAAAAAACAUUCUUACAGCCUUAUGUAGACAAGUUGACAGAAUAAAGUCUUGGUAACAUGUUCAAUUAUA